GAAUCAAAGAUGGCUUCGCUACCCAAGCAAGUACGUUUCUUAAUCUUUCCUCUUCGUCUCCAAAAGUCGUUUCUUUAGAUUCAAUUCACCCGCGAGAAAUCUUUGCAGAUCAACAAACCCAUCUUCGGAUUCGGACACUCAAACCCACCCGGAUCCGAUUCUGAGACCGAUCUGAUCCCGUGAUCUUUUUUCAUUUUGGGGUUCUGAUGAUCAUAUAAGUAUUAGAAAUCUAGAGUUUCAGGUUUAGUUAUUGCGAUUAAACGUCGCGCUUCCCGCGUGGGUUCGUGGAGAAUUCGCCAAUGGAGGAACCCAAAAUCUCUACUCGUCCAAGUAUCUGCUUCAGGCCGAUAAACCCUUCUGAUUUAGAACGUCUGGAGCAAAUCCAUCGCGACAUAUUCCCAAUCAGGUAUGAGUCUGAGUUUUUUCAGAAUGUUGUCAACGGUGGUGAUAUCCUCUCUUGGGCUGCUGUUGAUCGGAGCCGCCCUGAUGGUCUUUCUGAUGAACUUAUUGGGUUUGUUACUGCUAAGAUCGGGCCUGCUAAAGAAACCGAAAUAUCAGAUUUAAUAAGAUAUGACUCGUGUAAGGGAGAAGAGACAUUGGUGUACAUCCUAACGCUUGGAGUUGUAGAAAGCUACAGAAAACGUGGAAUAGCUAAGUUGCUUAUUAAGGAGGUCAUCAAAUAUGCGUGUAGCAUCCCUGCGUGCCGUGGUGUUUACCUUCAUGUAAUUGCACACAACAGUCCCGCAAUCAGAUUGUACAAAAGAAUGUCUUUCAGAUGUGUAAGAAGGUUACACGGAUUCUACAUAAUCAACGGCCAGCAUUUCGAUUCUUUCUUGUUCGUCUACUUUAUCAACGGUUCUCGCUCUCCUUGCUCACCUUUUGAUCUUGUGGUGUUUAUUCUAAAUUAUAUGAGAAGUGGAAUCAAAUCAGUCGCAUCAAGGCUAACAAUGAAGCACGAAGAGAAAGGCUUGAAAUGGCUUAAAUGCAAAGAUAUGACGCGGUGUCUCUUGCCCACUCAGAACAAGCGAAACCUUGCAUCCGAAAGAGCAUCAUCUGGCUAUGAUUACGUUUAGUGUUUAGUAUGUGACUCAUAGAGUUUGUAAACUCAAUUCGUUUCAGUGUCUUCAUUAACCUCUGGUUAUAUUAUCCAAUUGUGGUAUCAGGUAUGUAAUAAAAAUGUAAAUAUUGUGUGAUAAAAAGAAAAAAAAAACACUUCUAUU